AUGGACACCACGCAACCAAAGGGAAGGCUGAAGGCCUUCUUCAAGCAUGCCACCAUUCGCAUCUCAUCAACCAAGGACCACGGGUUCCCGAAUGAUUCCGCCUCAACCCACAGUAUCGACGACGACGGCAGAUCUCAAAGGUCUUCGAUCAGUGGCAAGAAGGACAGCAAGCUGAGGAGGAUUGGCCGUGGAAUCCGAGAAUGGAGAUCAAAAAGGAAGAGGUUGCGCGGAGACACACAGCAAAGAACAUCGUUUGCCCUGGAAGGAAAGAGCUUUUCGUCGUCUGAGGCGAGCCUGCCGGAGGGAUCAUUCGAGGACGAGGAUUUCUCAGACGAGGACGAACUGGUCAACCGGUUAGGGGACCACGCCCCCGAGGCAAGCGAGGCGUGGCGGAGGGAAGCUCCGGACGAAAAGUUGCCAUGCGAGAUAAUUCAUGAGGAGGUCGCCGUGAGACAAAGCGCAAGGGAGCAUGUCACAUCAAAGGCAAUUGAGCGUCAGACCCAGUCAGGGAAGGAGGAGACCCUUCCACAGACGUCCAUAACGCUCCCACCGCCUCCACCCAUCUACAGCUCAUUAGUGUUGCCGGACCUGGCCCCACGCGACGGGAACCUCAAACCCAAGGGCAUCGUCUUCAGACGAGACAGGAAGGGGGCCUCUGACUUUGCCCAGAGAACGCUGAGCAGCGAGCCUGCACUAUGGACAGAUGCUUCUCACAGGCCGGUGGGGCUUAAAAGCUGCGACCCCGAGCAUCAUGGAGGAAUCGCAGUGGCCCAGAAGCUUGACCAGCGGUGGACGGUGCAUUCCGCAUACACCAGCGGGGUCACAGACAGCAUGCAGCUCGAGUCGCUCGCCAUCCUCAUGGCCCUUCAGAUGGCCGCCCAGGAAAAGGGAUCAGGCACACUCGGGGAAGGCACGGUCUACAUAUGCAGUGACAGUGACUUCUCCCUGCAGUAUAUAGAAAAGGGCCUAAUCCGGCUCUCUGAGCAGCUCGAUCGGUGGGAAGUCUCCCGCUUCAGCGAUUACCACCGCCCAGAGAAGAACCUGGCGGCCGAGAUCGGCAGGAGGAUCCUGAAGCAAUACUACGAGUUGCGCAGGCUCGGAGCUUGGGUCGAACUCCAUUGGGUCCCGGCCCAUUCUGGGGUGCCAGGAAACGAGAUCGCUGACAGAGUGGCCAUGCUGUCGCGCUGGUGGCUCGCAAAGGUGGCCCCUCGCCCUGCACAGGGCACUGGCUUGGUGAUGCCGUUGAAGGUGCUGACCUUCGACGAGCCGUGGACGAGAUACUGCCCCCACAAGGGGCAGCCGCAAUACAGCACGUACAUGGCACUGCAGCUCCUCGAGGAAACCAAGAAUUUGCAUGUUGUCAUUUCGACCAAGGCUAUCGGACCCGCAACCCGCAACACGGCAAUUGUUGGUCCAGAUGGUUUGGCCCUACAGCCCGCAUCCAAGAGCACUUGCCGGCUUUUCCAGCCUCCCUCUGCUCACCCCUUCCCACAGGAGGGAAUCCCACAGAAGGUUAUCCCACUGGAGGGUAUCUCACAAGAGAGUAUCGCACAGGAGAUUAUCCCAGAGGAUAUUGUCCCAGAGGAGGUUGUCCCAGAGGAGAGUAUCCCAUUGGAGGAUAUCCCACUGGAGGUUGUCCCACUGGAGGUUGUCCCACUGGAGGUUGUCCCACUGGAGGUUGUCCCACUGGAGGUUGUCUCAGAGGAGGGUAUCCCAGAGGAGGUUGUCCCAGAGGAGAUUAUCCCAGAAUAUGGAGAGGCCAAGGGACCCAUACCCCAACCACCACCACUGUCCCCCCAGCCGAAGGUUCGAAGAGAGAAGCAGAGCAAGAAGAGGCCAGCGGCAUUUGAAAAUUUGCUUUGUGUCCACUGUUGGCACAAGGGUCAUCUGAUCCACCAAUGCUUUGAAAAGUUCCCAGAGCAGAAGGUGGCAUUCCCGCAAAGGUAUGCUCGCUACGUCGGGCGCCCGCGGCUCGAGAAGGUGAUUCCAGGGGCAUUCCACAACAUAGCCCGGCUGCAUCCGCAGCUGAUGCCCCAAGCGAUCCACGGCCAGGACUCCAGGUGCAUGGUCGGCCGGGUCGGGAUCUCGCCGCACCUCAGAUGGAAGUACCGUUGGGAUGAGGCACAGGCCGCCGCCCAGCUGGACUACCGGUAG